AUGGCAAGAGUCAUGGUAUCAACAAAUUCAAUUCAACAAGAAGGUACCCGAUCGGUAAAUUCUAUUGAUAAUAGACCAUAUAUCUGUGAAAUAUGUACUAAAGGUUUUAGGAGAUUAGAGCAUAAAAAAAGACAUAUCAGAACUCAUACUGGUGAGAAACCACAUGUUUGUACUUUCCAAGGCUGUCCAAAAAGUUUCAGUAGAAGCGAUGAAUUGAAAAGACACAUGAAUAUCCAUUCUACUGGGGAAUUGUCAAGAAGAACUAGAAAGAAGAAGAAGACAAAGGGAAAAGUUGCAAAAGAAAUUAAAAAAUCUACCUCCUACACUUCUAUUUCAUCUGCUAAUGAUUCAGUUAAUUUUUCGUUACCAAAAAUUUCAAUUGAUACUUCAAAUGUAACUGCCCCAAGUUCUGUAUCAUCUCCAAAUCUAUUACCAUUUAUGCCAACCAACAAUGAAAGAAAACCUAAUCUGUUGAUCAGAAACAAUUCUAAUGUUUCAUUGAUAAAUUCUAUUUCUCCAUCUUCAUUCUCCCAUACUAUGCAACCUUUAUCCAAUAAAUCUAUACCAUCUGGAAGCUCUUUAAGCCUCUCAGAAAUGUAUGGCUCAAGACCAAUAUCCCCUUCAUUGAGUAGUUAUAGACCAUUCCAAUUACCACAAAGCAAAGAAUUAUACAAUUCUCAACAAAAGCUUUCAGCCAAUACAAGUUCAAUGGCGGCAGCCAAAGUAUUACUACAAUGUCACGGUAUGGCAAAAUCUCAAAAUCAAGAUGAAGUUUCAGGUCGUUCAUUGGUAGAUCUUCAAUCUUAUAACCACAAUUUAUCAUCAUCAGAAAGUACAACAUCUUUACCAUUUGCUUUCAAGGAAAGUGAACUAAGUAGAUUACGUUCUACUUCAAAUCCAAUUCCAUCGAUGUUAAAUACCAGUGAAUCAAGAAUUACCAGUUCAUCUACAAACUAUUCAUUUUUUGGAGGAAUUCCUCAAAGAAAAUUAUCACCACUAUGCAAGAAAGCAACUAGAGGUAUGGGUAAAGCUGGAUUUCAUUUGGCUACUGAUGAUGAAGAUGAUGGUAGUGAAACAGAUACAAGUGAAAGCUUGGUUAAAUUACCACAAAAUAUUGUUCAGUUACCUCCAAUCGGCAGUUUAUUAAAAGAAAUUGACGAAUUUCAAAACCAACAAUAG